AGGAGCUGAAAAGCCCAAAUCCUCUGAAAUAGCUUCUCCCUUCCCCGAGGCGUAGCCCAGACUCUGCCAGCACCCAAUUUAAGGAUGCGUCCCUGCCUGCCUUCCUGAAACCCGAGCCAUUCCCUCUUCGCCAUGUCUCCUUAGAGGUCUUCCCUCUCUUCCUCCCUCUCUCCUUCUUCUUCCUCUUCUUCUUCGCCCUCCUCCUCUCUCUCUUUCUCCUUUGCUUUCAGGAUGAUCUGCCCCAGGAUGGGAUGCAGGGCUGCCGUCCUGCGCUAGAGCUGUGACCCAGCUGACAGCAGCCACCUCCCGGCGCCAAAGGUGCAAAGAGAUGACGGGCUGGAGCUGUUCAGUUGAUGGAUGAGAUCCUUUUUCCUCGACUUUCUUUUCUUUUUUUAAAUUUACUAAACAAGAUCUCACCUAAAGAAGAAAAAUCCUGCUUUAUCCCCAUCACCUCUUUACUGGGAAUAUUCAUUUCAAUAAUUAUUUUUUAAUUUUUUUAACUAGUCAGCUUUUUACUUCAAAAGAGAAUAGUUGUCUCUGGGAUUCAAUAUACCCAUCUUUAUACUGGAAAGAAAAUACCAAACAGGGACAACCUCCUCUGGACACCCGUCUGCGGGAGGACUGCGGUGCAGCAAUGAGACUCGGUCCCUGUCCGGCCAGCUGGCACGGCACAGGGAGGCCAGACAUCAGGGUGCUGCCUCUCUCCCUGAUGCCAGCCGCGCUCUUCCUCCUCCUCGGCCCCACCGGCACCGCCUCCGAGCCCGCUCUGUCGCCAUUCCCAGAGAUACGGCUCGCCAAUGGGCCCAGCCGGUGCCAGGGGCGAGUGGAGAUCCUCUACAACGGCUCCUGGGGGACGGUCUGCGAUGACGACUGGGACAUUGUGGAUGCCAACGUGGUGUGUCGCCAGCUGGGCUGCGGUCACGCUGUCACCCUCCCGGCCGCCAUGACCUUCGGCCAAGGGAGCGGACCCAUCUUCCUGGACAACGUGGACUGCAAGGGCCAGGAGGCAGCCUUGAGCGAGUGCUGGAGCCACGGCUGGGGCAUCCACAACUGCUACCACUAUGAGGACGUGGCUGUCGUAUGCAACGAGCUCUCGCCCACGCAAGCCAGCGAAGGACCGACAAGCAGGACCCUCACAGCCUCGGUACAGGAUGGGGAAAGUGACGGCAGCAUCCGUCUGGUGAGCGGGACCGACACCUGCCAAGGCCGGGUGGAGAUCUUCUACCGCGGGAACUGGGGCACCGUCUGUGACGACGACUGGGGCCUGAGCGAUGCCAGCGUGGUGUGCAAGCAGGUGGGCUGCGGCCAAGCCCUGGAUUACAAGAGCAACGCCUAUUUCGGCUACGGCACGGGGCGCAUCCUCCUGGACAACGUCAACUGCGAUGGCAGCGAGCCCUUCCUCUCCGCCUGCUACAGCCUCGGCUGGGGCAUCCAUAACUGUGGCCACCAUGAGGACGCUGGGGUCAUCUGCACAGGGCUGGACACAUCCACCAUCACGUCCUUCGCCACCUCGGUGGCCCUGGACUACGAAGAGACGCUCACUGCCACGGCCACAGCAGUGACAGACGGCAGGGACCAGCCUUCCCAGGCCACCGAGGUGGUCACCACCGCCCUCUUUACCGUCGAGCAGGAAAGUGGCGGCGUGCGGCUGGCAAACGGGAACGGGAGCUGCCGCGGGCGGGUGGAGGUACGGCACCGCGGCACCUGGGGCACCGUCUGCGACGACGACUGGGACUUCCCCGACGCCCAGGUGGUGUGCCGGCAGCUGGGCUGCGGCGCUGCCCUCGCCGCCACCGUCCUCGGCUCCUUCGGCUACGGCAGCGGGCCCGUCCUGCUGGAUAACGUGGGCUGCGGCGGUGGCGAGGCUCGCCUGGCCGACUGCUUCCACCUGGGCUGGGGGCAACACAACUGCGGCCACCAUGAGGAUGCCGGGGUCAUUUGCCGAGGUGCUGACAAUGCUGGAGACCAUUACCAAGAAGCCACCGCUACAACCACCACAUCGGCCCCGACUCAUCCCAAGGAUGGGUCCCUGCGCCUGGUGAACGGCAGCCACCGGUGCGAGGGGCGCGUGGAGAUGUUCUACCUCUCCCAGUGGGGGACGGUGUGCGACGACGCCUGGGACCUGCGGGACGCCAAGGUGGUGUGCAGGCAGCUGGGCUGCGGGUACGCCGUGGCAGCCUGGGGGGAGGCACGCUACGGCCAGGGCACCGGCUACAUCUUCCUCGAUAACCUCAAGUGCAAGGGCCACGAGCCCUCGCUGCUGCGCUGCUCCCACAUCCGCUGGGACGUCCACAACUGCGACCACUCCGAGGAUGCCGGUGCUGUCUGCAGCAUCCUGUGACCGUCCGCCGGGACCCUCACGCAGCUCAGGUGGAAGGACCCAGCCUGCAGCACCAGCUGCCUUCGCCGUCAGCUGUUUCUGAUUUCUAAUGGGACACCAGCAAAAUGAUCUUCAUGUUUUCGUGGACGGGGUGCGAGGGUGAGGAAGGGCUCGUGCAGCGGCGCGGAGCAGGUCCCGGCUGCUCCCUCCACCGCACUCACUGCUCUAUUUGUGCAAUUCUUUUGUUAAUAAUAGAUUGUGCAUAUUCCUGGGUUGGGGUUUUUUUCCCAUUUUUUCUUAUACGUGUUUGGGUUUGUUUUGUGAAUAAAUAAAAGCCCU